CUCGUGGUGGUUGCCACAAUGACCGUCAAGCGUCGCUGCCACGGCCGCAACAAGAAGGGGCGCGGCCACGUCAACCGCGUGCGCUGCGUGUCCACGGGUAAGGCGAUCCCCAAGGACAAGGCGAUCAAGCGCUUCAUCGUGCGCAACAUCGUCGAGGCGUCCGCGCUGCGCGAUAUCCGCGAGUCGUCGUGCAUCGAGGGCUACCAGCUGCCCAAGAUCUACAUCAAGCAGUUCUACUCGAUCGAGGCUGCGAUCCACCAGCGCAUCGUGCGCGUCCGCUCGCGCGAGCUCCGCCGCUCGCGCGAGCCGCCCCAGCGCAACCGUCCCGCCUUCACUCCGC